UCUCAUUUGAAGAAGAACCUCUACUUUACUUUUUACAAAGGGCAUUUGGUCUGCCCGCCAGAGAUUCCUGUGGUCGGAGGAUGGUGGAAUGGCCCCCCGCAAACAGCUCUCAUUGCCCCCUGCCCGGGGCAACGCCCGAGGGACGGGGAUGGCACCCAGCAAGCUUUGCCGGGGACGGGAAAACGCGAGGGCUUAGUGGUUUCCUUGGUGAGAAGCUUAACCAGGAGUCCCCGAAAGCAGUGGGAGAAGUGAGGGAAGAUACAUAGAGAUUGCCUGGGGAAACACACGGAGAGGCGGCUUAUGGAGGAGACUGCUUGUGUUUUGAGGUGGCUGGGGGCUGCGGAGGGUUGGGAGGGCGGCUGGAAGCGAAGUCAGCCGAUGAAGGCCUGGAAAUGCCAGCCUGGGGGCACUGGGGAGCCAUGGGAGAGGUUAGAGCUCUGGAGGCUGCGGGGUCUGAAAGCUCCCUCUGGCGGUCAGGGGGUAACAGCCUGGGAUGCUCGCCCGGGUGGCCGCCAGUAGGGGCUCGGCGCGGCUGCAGCGGAGCUGGGGAGGGGGCUUCUCCCACGAGGUGAGCUACGCACUCAGACGUUGACUGAGUUAGGCGGAAGGCCAGGCUGAGCUCGACCCCCAGCACCAAGGCUCAGAGAUGAACAUGACAAAAGGGUCUGGAGGCCGGGCGCGGGGCUGGGUCCGGCAGUCCUGGGCAGGUCCAUCCCUGCGCAUGCUCCGUCAGGCUUCUCUGGUAACCAGGGAGACUGGCUGCUAGGAGACCAUGCUAAUGAAGGACUCGCUCGCUACCCAAAUGGCAAGCAAUCCGGCUUCGUGCCAGAAACGGAGCACUUCCGAGGCAGCCAUUUUGGAGUCUGGCAAAAUUCAGGACCGAGGCCAAAGCCAGGAGAGCCAAUCAAUAUACACAAAGAGGGAGGAGAAGAGAGAGUACCAAUAAGGACACAGGGAAAGUGAUAGCGUGCCAUUGUCAUUUCCCCAAGUCUCCCAGCGGGAUACCAGUGCCCUCUGCCCUUAAUCAAAAUGGCCGCCUUGGGGGGGCUCUAGCGCACAGUGGAACAUGGCGGUGCUUCCGGCCCCGCUGCCCUCAGCGAAGAUGGCGGCAGUGGAGAAGCGGCGGCAAGCGGUACCACCGCCGGCCGGUUUCACAGACAGCGGCCGCCAGUCGGUAUCCCGGGCGGCGGGGGCGGCCGAGAGCGAGGAGGACUUUCUGCGGCAGGUCGGCGUGACGGAAAUGCUACGCGCGGCCCUGCUGAAGGUGCUGGAGGCGCGGCCCGAGGAGCCGAUCGCCUUCCUGGCUCACUACUUCGAGAACAUGGGCCUGCGCUCGCCUGUAAACGGCGGCGCCGGGGAGCCUCCAAGCCAGCUCCUGCUGCAGCAGCAGCGCCUGGGCCGCGCGCUGUGGCACCUUCGCCUGGCCCACCACUCCCAGAGGGCCGCCUUCAACAACAACGUGAGCGUGGCCUACGAGUGCCUGAGCGCCGGCGGGCGCAGGAAGAGGCCGGGACUGGACGGGCGCACCUACAGCGAGCUGCUCAGGCGCAUCUGCCGGGACGGCCAAGCCCCCGAGGAGGUGGUGGCGCCGCUGCUGCGCAAGGUGCAGUGCCGUGACCACGAGGCGGUGCCGCUGAGCGUCUUCCGCGCGGGCACGCUCACCUGCUUCGUGCUGCUGGAGUUCGUGGCGCGCGCCGGCGCGCUCUUCCAGCUGCUGGAGGACCCGGCUGCCGCCGUGGCCGACCGCCGCGUGGGCCAGGCCGUGCUGGACACCCUGGAGGGCGCGCUGCAGGCCAGCGACGCCGCCGCGCCCGCGCGCUUCCUGGAGGCCGGCUCGCGCUUGGGGCCCGACAGCCUGGCGCUGGCGCUGGACCGCGCCGUCGGGGGGCGGCGGCCCAGCGCGCCCAUGACCCGCGAGGAGUUCCUGGAGAGGGCGGCCGCGCUGUUCAUCGCGAAGGUCAAGCCGGUGGGCUGAGCCCCGUGGGCCGCGCGGAUCCGGGAUCUGCACCGGGGGGUCCCCGCGUGCGGGGCGCGCGGAGCCUUCCCCUCCCCCCGGUGAGGGCCUGCAACGAGGCGCCCAGCCCUGCGGAGGAGGCCGGGGCUCCCAGGAAGCGGACGCCCCGUCCCCACACAGCGCCGCGGCCGCCCCCCCACCCCCGCGGGAGCCCCUGUCCCACGCUAAUAAAAUCUGUUGCGAGGCUGA